AUGGAAAGAAGAAGGGGAAGAAUAUUACAGGAGGAAGAGGAGAACGAUCCCGUAAAUAAACUACCUUCCAGGAAGUUAUAUAGGGAGUUGGAUGAAAGUACAAGUACAACUUUUUGUGAGCUUGCAAAUGCAGUAAGGAGUACACUGGGGCCUUUUAAUAGUAUAGGGGGAGAAUAUAAGAACGGUAUUUUGCGCGCCUGUUGUGCCACAUCAGAAAUGGGUACGGGGAGUACAACGAAGAGUGAACGUUACAACUUCCUGUACUAUUGGUUAGGUGAUAAAAUAUGGGACAAACUGCAGGAAGGUAGCAAUAGGGAAACAGACUUCACAGGCAUAAUGUUCUCAAUAUGCGAAGACAUAAAGAGUACAUGUGGAAAUCCAGGAUAUCAGAUUCUUUGUGGAAGUGUUAACAGAAACAUAUUCAAUGAGGGAAAAAUAAUAUAUGAUUAUGUUAAGGAUUAUACAGCUCUACAAGGUUAUGUAAGUACUGGGGCAAAUUCCUGUGGUACACCUUAUGAACAAAAUAUAGUUAAAAUUAAGGCAGCAUGUGCAACUGUAAAUGGGAGAUGUCCCCGUAUGCCCACAAAUAGGGACCCAUAUUGCGCCUGGUUUAGGGAGAAUGAGGACAAAUGCAGUGACGAAGAAUUAGGGAAAUUACCGUGCUCCACUCCAAAGAAACCUUCUGCUGGAGAUGACUUCGACUUAGGUGACGCCGUCGUAGAUGGUGGAAGUGACUGUUCACCAUCACCAGAAUCCUGUGUUUCAAAACCCAAACCAAAUCCUAAUCCAAAUCAAGCUGGUAGUAGUGGUUCUUUUUCCGAUGCCGAUUUAGCAGAUGGUGUCUCUGGUGGGGAGGGCAAAGGAGGGAGUGACGGUGGUGGUAGUCACAGAAAAGAAGGGGAAGAGGGUCCUGCUAGCAGCAACGUCACAUCCAUUGCAAUUCCUUCUGCAUUAACUGCAGUAGGACUUCCUGCCUUGGCAUACAUUUUUUACAAGUACAAACCUUUCUUCUUGAGGAAGCAUAACCAUUCUGGAAGAAAUAGAAGAUCCAUUAGGAAGGAAUUUAAUGAGUUUGAUGAUGACGACGACGACGGUUCUUCUACAGAA